AUGUUUGAAGGGCUGCUGACUGUGGCGGUGCUCAUUAGUUCCGUACUGAGCGCGGCGAGCGUCUGUCCGCACGAGAGCGGCUACCGGAAAUGGUCAAACCUCGGCGGAUGGACCGGCGGAAAGCCGACGGCCGGCUCUAACGUGAUGAUCAGCGACUCGGUCAUCGUUGACGAGGACACUCCCGGGUUUUAUAACGUCACCAUUGCUGCUUCCGGCGCUCUGACGUUUGACCCGAAAGUUGACCUUCAGUUUCGAGCGGCGAACAUCAUCGUCAACGGUCGUUUUGAGAUUGGUAGCGAAGACUGCCCUUACACCGGCAACCUCGAGAUAACACUGACUGGAACGCGCGCGGACCACGCGGGCGAACGGGACCCCAAAGCCAUCCUGGUGACGUCAGGGGGCACCAUUGAGAUCCACGGAGAGCCCAAGCGCGCCUGGACCAAGCUACAGGGGACGCUUCUUCCGGACAAUAAAAACAAGGCCAUUCUUUAUGACCAUGAGAUAAACGGUACAGAGAACACAUGGACCAACGGUAUUGGAGCGUACACCGUGGCUCUGAGAGGAGACUCCUAUGAAAUUUUGAAGUGGGGAAUCUACAAUCUGCGCUCAAACAGUCAACAGCUGGCGGCGCACAUCAACAGCGUUCAAGUCGGAGAGAUCCUGAUGAUGGCUAGCCAGAAGCGGAUUGACGUCGACGUCAACCAAACCGACCGCUUCCUCGUAUACGACGCGCUCGAGACGCUGGUUUCCGGUGAGCGAACAGGGAAGUCCAUUCUUCGGUCGAUGGACAAAAGUGACGGAAGAACGUGGGCAUUCAUCAUGCAGAAAGGAAACCAGGGCAGCGUUCAGGAGACCAGUAACAACCAGGGCAUCACAUCCCAAACCGUUUUCCAAGCGCCCAACGGCCUCGUUCUUAUGUCUGAGACCAAGGGCACCAAGGACUUUUUUAACCAGGGCGACAACUUCCGGAUUGCCUCUAGCCUGGACGGCGUAUACCCGCGCGUCACAGUUAUUGAUGACGUAACCACGUGGCUGCCAGGUGACAAGGUCGCCAUAGCAACCACGGACUACGAUCCGAUCCAGACUGAGGAGACGCAGAUAGUUUUCUGUGGGGACUGUCUACACAACCAGUUCCGGAUAAACAGGCGUCCCGUGUACACGCACUACGGUGAGAUUGUGGCCGGAAGUGUCGACAUGAGGGCGGAAGUGGCUAUGCUGACCCGGAACGUCGUUAUCCGCGGAGCGAUGGAGGCGGUGUGUCCGCAGAACAACGGAAACUGCAAUGACUCGAUCGUAAACGGACUCGAUACGUUCGGAGCGCAUAUCAAGAUCCUACGUGGCUUCGCAAAUGCCCGGAUGUCCAAUUUUGAGCUCCGCCAGGCCGGUCAGCAGACGGAUUUGGGCCGCUACCCGAUACACUUCCACAUGACGUUCAACAAGACUACGUCUGCCGCCGUGCCUUACAUCCGGUCUGUCAGCAUCCACAAUACGUUCGCCAGAUGCAUCACGAUACACGGUUCCCAUGGCAUAAUGGUUAAGGACAACGUGUGCUAUCGACCCAUGGGCCACGGUUUCUUCCUGGAAGACGGCGGUGAGAUGAACAACGUAUUCGACGGCAACCUGGCCAUGGAUGUCCUAAAGGGAACGCUGGAACCUGCAGACAAAACUCGCCCAUCUGGAUUCUGGAUGACGAACCCCAAGAACUCCUUCGUGAAUAACGUGGCGGCGGGCGGUAACGGUAAUGGCAUUUGGUUCGUAUUCCCGGACACGCCACUUCCGCCCUCGAGGGAACUCAUUCAGCAGGAGGGACUAAUGACAACGGGGGAGGCUAAACGGACCAUGAUAUCCGUCUUUGAGAACAACCUGGCUCACUCGCAGGCAGGGUUUGGUAUCCUGAUUGGCAACUCUCUUAAGGAUGACCGCACCACGCACUGCUGCAACAUGUGGCAACCUCUUGUUGACCCCAAGAACAACAAGUCGGCUGAGCUACAAAUACCCCUUCGGCGGAUCACAGGCUACAAGAACAGGAAUUUCAAUGUUUGGAUCGAAGGCGGGCUUCUGGACGUGUCUCGUGUGUCCGAGGGUCAGCAGUUUCAGAGGGCGGGAAAGUUAAGCCGUUCAGUCGUGAUUGGUCAGAGCCCUAACAAGGGUGUGCCUAUCUUUGCGGGUUUGGACCACAGCCUUCCAUUCACAUGGAGUCCGAAUGCCGUGCAGACCGGGAUCACGAUGUGGAAGGGACCCACCAAAUUCAGCGACAUCUGGCUUGAUAGCUUCACCUCCAACAGCGUGUACGAUAUCGCUGCCAUCGGCAAGAAUCGCAAUUCACCUUAUUUCUUCUCCGUCCUGACCGAGUUCACAAAUAUCAGUUUCGCGUUUGACGAUCAGACAGGUGGUGGAACAUAUGCCAUUUCGGGAAGUAAGACCAACCGCGGUUGGGAGCUCAAUCGUGACGGAGAGCAGAUUUCCGGGUUCACUUUAAAUACCCAGCAGAACGGACAUGCCGUCAAGUAUUACGUGGUGAAACCCGAUCCUCUCUCGGCGGCCGCUGCGGAUUGCAAGCUCCGUCCGAACUGGCGUCUGGCAAUGUGCAAGACCAAAUAUGGAAACCUUCGAUACACCGGUUUAACGGACGAUACAAUGAAGGUACAAUUUGUGCGGGACCAGAUCCCCAGCGCCCAACUGCAGUUCGAAAUGAAGACGGGCACGGGGCCGCAGGUCGUACUGGACGGCAGCAGCACAUACACAGUCCACUUUACGCCUUUCACGAGAGACGUCGUGCAGUUCAAGGUUCCAGGGAUGGAAAGAGGCGACGUUCUGCGAGUGGGUGUGUGCACUCCCCGAGGGGCCGCGUUCGACCUGCAGUCAUUUUUCCCGUACUCCCUCAAUGGAAAGGGCAAGUUUACAGUGGUUAGCUCCCUUGCUGAGCUCGACCGUACGGACCCCUUGUUCGAUGGCAAGAAAUACUACUACGAUGCGACUACCGGCAUGAUCUACUACAAAUUCAUCAACACGCAGACUCGCAACCCCGACGAGGAUCAGGAAUGUAACAACGGCAGUUGCCCGGAAUUCCGCGUGAUCAUCAGUUCUGGUAACAGGAAUGAUAGCGACUGCAGGGCGAGGAUUUACACCAGCAACCAGCUGAGCAUGGCGGUGCCAACUCUGCCUGAGUUCAAUGACGUCAUGCCUGCCAAUAGCGACAAAACUGCUCCAGAGGGUUACGGUGCGGGUCCUAUGGCGCCGUUCCGGGCAGACGUGAAUGGUGGAUGGUCAGAGUGGCAAACGUGGUCCGCGUGCAGUCGAACAUGCGGAGAGGGAAGCCAAUACCGACUCCGGAAAUGCAACAAUCCUCUUCCGGAAGGAAACGGCGCCCCAUGUGUAGGACUAAAUGCCGAGACACGUGUGUGUCAGCUCCGUUUCUGUGCUAUUAAUGGCGAAUUCUCCGACUGGACUGCAUGGAGUGCGUGCUCGGCGUUGUCUAGCAACGACGGCACCUACAAGUGCAGCGGGAUAUCAGAGAGGACACGUGCUUGUGACGCCCCACCCACCCAGUAUGACGGUGAAUUGUGUGAAGGGUCCAGCCGUGAAAUAAAACCCUGCAGACUUUGUAAUAACUAGAUUUAAUCCAGCGAGAAAUCUGUUCUGUAGCAUUGGACAAAUCAAGGACAAACUUGUCAACAAUAGUAUUCGACAAAAAUGAAAUAAUUAUAAACUAACAAUAUCCUUAACAUUUUUUGCAUUUUUUUGUAAAUCUUCAUAAUAGUUAAUAAAAAAUAUGAAACUA